AUGAAAAAAGCUCAAGAGAUCCAGCACUUAGCCGACACUCAUGAUGCACAGAGUUUCUUUAAAGCCACAAACACCAUCUAUGGGCCAAUAAAGCAUGGGAUAUGCCCCCUAUGCUCAGCAGACGGUGCCACACUUCUAAAAGAUAAAGAAGCUAUUGCACUGCGCUGGAAAGAACAUUACCAACAUCUCCUUAACUGCAACUCCCCCAUAGCUGCUGAGGUCCUCUCUCAAAUUCCACAAAACCAAGUUAGAGAUCAACUUGCAGUAUCUCCAAAUCUGGGAGAGCUGUGUACAGCUAUUAACCAAAUGAAAAACAACAAAGCCAGCAGACCUGAUGGGAUACCUGCCAAAAUCUUCAAAGUGGGUGGAAUUGAAUUUAAACAACAACUUCACAAGCUCAUCGAAAAAAUCAAGGGGAAAGAAGAAAUCCCAGCAGACUUUAGGGAUGCCAAAAUUAUCAAUCUCUUUUAA